GAAAAACCAGGAAGUGAAGUCUCCGCAUGUUAGAAAGCCCAGCAUGGUCUCACUCGGGACAGCUCAGACAGGACGGCACCGGGGACUCUGAGUGGCCCCCUGCCUGCAUGGGUGCUCUGCAGCCACCCCAGCCCUGGAAGAGCCGGGGCUGAGGGGAGACAGGCGGGGACCCUAUGCCAGGAAGAACUCCGAGCCAGGAAGCCCAUUCUCUGGGAGCACCAAGACAUGCGGCCCCCUCACAGGGCCUGAGUUUCCUGCUGCUAUUCACAAAGAUGCUUUUUAUCUUUACCUUCUUGUUUUCCCCACUUCCAACCCCGGCACUUUUCUUCAUUCUGACCUUUGGAGCUGCCAUCUUCCUGUGGCUGAUCAACAGACCUCGGCCAGUUUUGCCUCUCAUUGAUUUGAACAACCAGUCAGUGGGAAUCGAGGGAGGAGCACGGAAGAAUGCUCGCCAGAAGAACAAUGACCUAAUACGUUACUACUUCUCAGAUGCCAAGACAAUGUAUGAAAUUUUCCAAAGAGGACUUGCUGUGUCUGAUAAUGGGCCUUGCCUAGGAUAUAGAAAACCUAACCAACCCUAUAGAUGGCUGUCCUACAAACAGGUGUCCGACAGAGCAGAGUAUUUGGGCUCCUUUCUCUUGCAUAAAGGGUACAAGCCAUCACCAGACCAAUUUGUUGGCAUCUUUGCUCAGAAUAGGCCAGAGUGGAUCAUCUCCGAGUUGGCUUGUUACACGUACUCCAUGGUAGCCAUCCCUCUGUAUGACACCUUGGGAGCAGAAGCCAUCAUAUACAUUGUCAAUAAAGCUGAUAUCACCACGGUCAUCUGUGAUACGCCCAAAAAGGCAUCAGUCCUCAUAGAGAAUGUGGAGAAGGGCCUCACCCCAGGCCUGAAAAUGAUCAUCUUCAUGGAUCCCUUUGAGGAUGAUCUGAAGCAAAGAGGGGAGAAAACUGGAGUUGAAAUUUUUUCCCUGUUUGAUGCAGAGAACCUAGGCAAAGAGAACUUCAGAAAACCUGUGCCUCCUGAACCAGAAGAUCUGAGUGUCAUCUGCUUCACCAGUGGGACCACAGGUGAUCCCAAAGGAGCCAUGAUAACCCAUCAAAAUAUUGUUUCAAACGCUGCUGCUUUUCUCAAGUGUGUGGAGUACACUUUUGAGCUUACCCCUGAGGACGUGACCAUAUCCUACCUCCCCUUGGCUCAUAUGUUUGAGAGGGUUGUACAGACGGUUAUAUACUCUUGUGGAGCCAGAGUUGGGUUCUUCCAAGGAGACAUUCGGUUGCUGCCUGAUGACAUGAAGACUCUGAAGCCCACAGUGUUUCCCUCGGUGCCGAGACUCCUUAACAGGGUCUACGAUAAGGUACAAAAUGAAGCCAAGACACCCUUUAAGAAGUUCUUGUUGAACCUGGCUGUUGCCAGUAAAUUCAGUGAAGUAAAAAGAGGUAUUAUCAGGCGUGACAGCUUAUGGGACAAGCUCAUCUUUGCGAAGAUCCAGGCGAGCCUCGGUGGGAGGGUCCGUUUCAUGGUCACCGGAGCUGCGCCCAUCGCCUCACCCAUCCUGACAUUCCUCCGGGCAGCUAUGGGGUGUCCGGUAUUUGAAGCUUACGGUCAAACGGAAUGCACUGCUGGCUGUACAAUUACAUCACCUGGGGACUGGACAUCAGGCCAUGUUGGAGCCCCCAUGAAUUGCAAUCAUGUAAAGCUGGAUGAUGUGCCCGACAUGAACUACUUUUCAGUGAACAAUGAAGGCGAGAUAUGCAUCAAAGGCACCAACGUGUUCAAAGGAUACCUGAAGGACCCUGAGAAGACAGAGGAAGCCCUGGACAAGGACGGCUGGCUUCACACAGGAGACAUUGGCCGCUGGCUUCCAAAUGGAACUCUGAAGAUCAUUGACCGUAAAAAGAACAUUUUCAAGCUGGCCCAAGGAGAAUACAUUGCUCCAGAGAAGAUAGAAAAUAUCUACAUCAGGAGUAGACCAGUGUCACAAAUUUUUGUACAUGGGGACAGCUUACAGUCCGCCUUGGUGGGAGUGGUGGUUCCUGACACAGAUGUGCUGCCCUCACUUGCAGCCAAACUUGGGGUUAAAGGCUCCCUUGAAGAGCUGUGCCAGAACCAAAUUGUAAAGGAAGCUGUUUUAGAAGACAUGCAGAAAACUGGGAAACAAAGUGGCCUUAAAUCCUUCGAACAGGUCAAAGACAUCUUUCUUCAUUUAGAGCCAUUUUCCACUGAAAAUGGACUCUUGACACCAACACUGAAAGCAAAGCGGGGCGAGCUUUCCAAGUACUUUCGGACCCAAAUCAACACCCUGUACGAGAAUAUCCAGGAGUAGGUUAAGUUUGCUGCCGAGCUGGGAGCUAUGGGGGAAGCUGAAGCUUAUGUCAAGUGCACUUUUCUGGCAAAUGAGGACAACACUGAGCAAAAACCUCCUAAACUGGGAGCAAGGGCCUAUGAGCAAGCGUGCCACCUACACAACAGGCUUUUCUUCUGGGAAGGACUGGCUACUGUUUCUCCCCUGGACUCCAGUUCCUGCUGUAUCUUACCUCCGGACAACACAUGUUGCUUCCCCUUGUAAAUGUAAAGUCUUUAAAAUAAACUGUUCCACGUA